AUGGCUUCUAGCUACCAUGGUGGCCCCGUACAACUGAUAUCCAUCGAUGAGUCUGGCCAAUGCACUGUUGAUGAGUACGCCUUCAAUAUACUAAGGCGGGGGAAGGUCGCUGUACUUGGUAUUGAUGGUCUGUACCGUACGGGCAAGAAUCCUGUCAUGAACCGUCGUCUCCUUGGCCUACAGGAUGGAUUCGAGAUAGGCCCUAGUGUGAACCCCUGCACUCGUGGUAUAUGGAUGUGGGUUCAACCGGUCCAACUAGGGCAGAAUUUUCAUGCUAUUCUCAUCGAUACUGAGGGUCUGGGUAGCUGUGUCCGAACUACAAGCAGCGAUAUGCAGAUACUCUCAUUGUGCCUGCUGCUUUGCUCCUUCUUCGUGUACAACAGUAUGGGUGCGAUCAACGAGGAGAGUCUCGACCAACUCAAUCUGGUACUCCAUCUCACAAAGCACAUUCAUGUUGUUCGAUCCUCAUUCACGGCUGACUCAGCUGACCUUGCCGCCGACCUCCCACCCCUACUAUGGAAGCUGCCGUAUCAAGCAUUGAUGCCUCAAUUCCAGCAGCAGGUUGAUGCAUUCGUCGAGAAGGUCGACGGCAUGAACUCUAGUGCCGUACCCACUAUACGGAGUGCCUGGACAAACGUUGUUGUCAGAGAUGCGGUCCAUGUGUACCGAGUCACUAUGAAUGAGGAUGUGAUGCAAAAGCUGCUGAUGUCAGAGGAGGAGGUCCGAGGUACAUUGAACAAAAGAGCUUGGUAA